UAAUAUAUUUGUGAGAUAUCUUUAGCGGAUCAAUUCUAAAGAUAAAAACAAACACAAAAUUGUCGAUUAAAAUUAUUUAUUAAAUUAUAAGCAAUUGAAAUUUGCAUUAGACGAAGAGAGAUAGAAAGAGAGAUUGUCUCCAUUCUAUCUUCAUUAUAUCAUCAUGCAUUUAUUUAAAACUUUCUUUAUCUAAUUAAAUAGUUUAUUACUUAAUAAAAUUCAACUAAUAUUUUUAUAUACUGAUUUUUUUAUUUGUUUAGAAUCAAUUCAAAGAUAUUCUACAUAUAUUAACACUAAUUUAUACAAAAUACGUUUGAGGGAUUGAUUCUAGAGGUCACAAUAAUAAAAGUUAAUAAAAAAAAAAUCAAAAUCAAUAUCAAGAUUUAUUUAGUGAAGUUUGCGUCGGAUGAAAAUGAAUAUAGAGUGAGAUAUCUAUAUGAUGGUAUAGAUCUAUCUCAUUUUAUCUCCAUCUAACGCUAAAUUCAAUUGCUCUGUUUAAUAUUUCAUUUAAUACAAACUUCAAUUACUUAUAACUUACAUAAAUCUUAACCAAUACUUUUAUUAUAUCAAUUUGUGUUUGUGUAAUUUCUAAAAUCCAAGGAAAUACUACGAAUAUUUAGUAUUCUGUAAAUCCGUUAUUAAUUUUCUUAUCUUUAUGUUGUUUUAAAAUCCAACUUAUCAAUUUACGUAUUGUAUGGAUAUGAAUGUUAGCAUGUCUGUUCAAAAUGCUAUAGAAAUAUUCACAACUAUUAUGCGUUCCUUAAAUACGGUCGAUAAACAAGCAUUUUUAUCAUUUAUUGCUGAUAAUUGGAAACCUCAAGAUAUAAAGAUUCAAGAUUCUGUUUCAAAUGGUAAUUGUUAUAAAGAAUGUAGUUUGCAAGAAAAAAAAUUAAAUGAAAUAAAAAAAAUUAUUAUUGAUAUCAAAAAUAGAAUACCAUUUGAUGGUAUACUUCCAUCAGAACACAUUGUACCACCAAUAAUUGGAGAGAAUUCAGACUGUGAUAAUAAAUCAACAAAACAUAUUGAUGCUUUUCUUUAUGAUGAUGAAGAAGUAGAUGAACUUAUAGAAAAGGGAGAAUUGAAUAAUUUAUAUUGUUCCGACUGUGGAUCUACUAAUGUAAAACAAUAUAAUAUUAUAUCACAUUCUAUGUCAGUAUCUGAUAUGUUGUAUAUAUUUCAUGAUAUUUUACCAUGUUUGAAAGAAAAAAUUCUACUUGAUAUAGGGUCUCGAUUGGGUGCUGUUUUAUAUGGAGCACAUAUAUUUACAUCUGUCAAAAAAAUCAUUGGAGUUGAAAUGAAUAAAGAACUUUGUUCAUUACAAUGUGAUAUAGUAAAUAAAUAUAACAUGAAUGAUCGUAUUGAAAUUGUGAAUAAAAGAAUUGAAAUGUGUCCUGAUAUAAUACAGAAAAGUGAUAUCAUUAUUAUGAACAAUCCAUUUGAGUUUUAUGUUUCAGAAUUAGAACAUAUAAAAAUUUGGAAGUUUUUGAAAGCUAACAUUCAAAGUGGAACAAUUCUAAUUACUAAGCCAUCUAUUGAAAUUACUUUCAAACAUUUAAAAACUGGAAUAAUACUAGAUAAAUGGGUAAAGUCUUACAAAUCAAAAAAAUAUAAAAAAGAAUCUCAAAUAUUUAUAAAAUCAACUGAAAAUCCAGAUAUUACAUUUUAUGAAGUAUUAUAAAAACACAAAAAAUUGUAAAUGUAUAAAUAUCAUAUAAAACAAUAUAUUAUUUAAAUUUAUUUAAAAAACCAUUAUUUUAUUAUUUUAUAGAACAAAAAGAUAAAAUGAACUGAUUAAAAAAUUCUACAAAUUAGAUAUAUAUUAUAUGAUAGAUAUUAAAAAUAAUUAUCUAUAUGUUA